UUGGUUUAUGCACGACCUAAGCGUAAAUUUAGGAUGAAGAGCUUAAUGUUACCGUCGACAAUUGCAUGCGGCCUACUUGUCUUCUUCUAUUCUUCGAUCAAAGUCGAGGCACUUAUAUCGCCGCAACUAGCCGCUCAACCCCAAUUUCCUCACGUCGUCGCUGUAAUUGAUAAAUUCAGCCGCCGCACUAUCUGCACGGGUGCUCUAAUUUCGGAAGCAGCCGUUUUAACCGCUGCUCAUUGCGUUACCGAUGAAAACGGCAAAUUCUUAAAGAAGCACUUUAGCAUCAUUGCUGGCACGAUUGACUUAUCCACUCCUCACGUUGAAGUACCAGUCGCAGCUUUGAUUGUGCCCACUGCAUAUAAUGGGCGUGGACAAGCAGGCGUGAACGAUCUGUAUCGAGUCGCUAAUUUAGCUGUUCUCAAGCUGGCGGGGAGAGUUCCAAAAAAAUCGGUUAUAAAACCUUUGCCGAUUUCCAGUUCUAGAGCCAGUAUAAAGGAAAAAUUUGACAAGGCACCAGUGGCUGGUUUUGGAAUAUCGGAAAUCUCACAUCAUUCUUCGCGACGAGUUGUGAACAAUGAUGGAAAAUUGCAUUUUGCAUUGAUGGAGCCGUUGUCACAGAGCGCGUGUAAUUUGCUAGUUUUACUUACCGAAGAUAACAGUGCAUUUUGUGCAAAAAUUGAUGCACUUUCGGAGGGCAGUAGCCUCUGUGCAGGUGACGAUGGUACUCCUUAUGUUCUGAACUCGAAAAUCGUAGGAAUUCUCACUUAUGUUCCGAAAACUUGUAAUGGCGUGGAAAUGAGCCCAAUUUUCACUAGAACAUCGGCCUAUGCAGAUUUCAUUGAAAACGCCAUUAAACACAUGUACUUCGAUGGUGCACGAGUCGGUCAUUACGUUCCUUGGUACAAUGAUUACGCGACCUCAGGCAACGUCGAAGCGAUACAGGUUCCGUAAGGCAGGAAGUCUAGUCUUUUUACAUAUUGUCAGUAACAAAAAAUCAAUCAUUUCAAUUAUUUCAAUAAAAAAAAUUUGAAAACUGAAA